CCCGCCCGCCUCUCGGCCCCGGACGGCCCGGCUGGGAGGCUCCCAUGCCGGACCGCGAAGCUCGGUGAGGGCGCGCGUGGGCGGGCGGGGGCUCAGCCGGCACCAUGUCCAUGCUGCCCACCUUCGGCUUCACACAGGAGCAAGUGGCGUGCGUGUGCGAGGUGCUGCAGCAGGGCGGCAACAUCGAGCGACUGGGCCGUUUCUUGUGGUCGCUGCCGGCCUGCGAGCACCUCCACAAGAAUGAAAGCGUGCUCAAGGCCAAGGCGGUGGUGGCCUUCCACCGCGGCAACUUCCGCGAGCUCUACAAGAUCCUGGAGAGCCACCAGUUCUCGCCGCACAACCACGCCAAGCUGCAGCAGCUGUGGCUCAAGGCGCACUACAUCGAGGCGGAGAAGCUGCGCGGCCGGCCCCUGGGCGCUGUGGGCAAGUACCGCGUGCGCCGCAAAUUCCCACUGCCGCGAUCCAUUUGGGACGGCGAGGAGACCAGCUAUUGCUUCAAGGAAAAGAGCCGCAGCGUGCUGCGCGAGUGGUACGCGCAUAACCCCUACCCCUCACCCCGCGAGAAGCGCGAGCUGGCGGAGGCCACGGGCCUCACCACCACGCAGGUCAGCAACUGGUUCAAGAACCGGCGGCAGCGCGACCGGGCAGCCGAGGCCAAGGAAAGGGAGAACAGCGAGAACUCCAACUCCAACAGCCACAACCCGCUGGCGGCGUCGCUAAACGGCAGCGGCAAAUCGGUGCUAGGCAGCUCAGAGGACGAGAAGACGCCGUCGGGGACGCCAGACCACUCCUCGUCCAGCCCCGCGCUGCUGCUCAGCCCGCCGCCGCCGCCCGGGCUGCCGUCGCUGCACAGCCUGGGCCAUCCUCCGGGCCCCAGCGCCGUGCCAGUGCCCGUGCCGGGCGGAGGGGGCGCCGACCCGCUGCAGCACCACCACGGCCUGCAGGACUCCAUCCUCAACCCCAUGUCGGCCAACCUCGUGGACCUGGGCUCCUAGAGCCCCGCCUCCCGCUCGUGCUGGCCGGCGGGCGCCGGGCGCUGGGGACCUAACAGAGACCAUGUCGGGAGGGCGCCAGGCGCGGGCGGCCCCACCAGGUACUGACUGACAAACCACAGGCUGAGCAGGCAGAACCGCCGCCCGGCCCGGGGCUCGGCGGUGGACUCUCUGGCUUGGUCUUUGUUUGGCAUUUAUUUUCAACAAGUUGCUUUUUGAGAUCCUUUGGAGGCAUCUGACCGGGUCUUGAACCAGGGAAGGGAAUAAAUUAUACACAAUUUUCACACUCACCCUAUUUCUCUUCUCUCUUCCCUCUCUUCCUCGUUCUUUCUUCCUCUUCCUUUCCAUUCCUUCUCCCCUUUCUGCUUGCCACAUCCCCUUUGUCUUUGUUGCUCUUCCACAUGUCUGGCUUCUCCGACAAAGUUUCUAUUUGUCUGCCUUCUCCUCCCUGACACCUCUUGGGGCUCCUGGCUGCUAGAUCUGUACCCCUCAGUCUCUCCUCCUGCCUGACCCUCGAAUUGCCCUCCUUCACCUCUCACUUGCCUGGGGCUGAGGUGGGAGAGAGAAGAGCAAAGGAAAGACAGGUCUUUGAACUCCGGCCUUGUCCAGAGCCUGCCACACGCACGUGUCAGCUUGGCCCUGGGAGCUAAAGUGAAAGAAAGAGCCACAGCAGCCUCUGCCAUUUGCAUCUCUCUGUCUCUCUGUGUCUCUGGCUCUCUCACUCUGAGGCCCCACAUGGGCUCACCUCUCGCUCCUGGGACCGUGGCCACGUUGUUUCCAGCAGAGCGUGCCUCCCAAGCCUCGGACUUGCCAUCUCCCUUUCUGCCCUCAUGUGAAUGUUCUUCGGGAAA